AAGGUUCAUGGCGCUUGCAGCUGUCAAGUGCUGAACCACAAGGCCGGAUGGCUGGGGGCCACCGCUCCGGGCCCCCGGCCUUGCAGAACCAGCUCGUGGAGCUGGAGGCCUCGGGCUGGAACGCGCUGAUCGAAGCCGGUAAAAUACGUCCAGGCGGUGCACAGUUUGCAGACAAUCGUCGACACCAGCGGCCGACUGCCACGGCGCCUGCGGGUGGACAUGACCAGGCGACGCACCACCGCAAGGGCGUGGAGAGCGUGGACUCCCACUUGAGGGAGCUCGCCCACCGGAAUCCGUUUGGCGUCCUCAGGGUCAUGAUGGCGGAGGCCCGGCAAGAGAGGGGCUACGUCUUGCCGGGCCACGGCCCUGGGCUCCCAGCAGCGGCGACGGCCCCAGCGGCGGCGCCGGCCCAAGUGGCGUCCCCAGCAGCGGCGGCGCCAACGGCGGCAGCAGCUGCGCUGGCGACAGCGCCAGCGCCAGCUUCAGCGCCGAGCCCAGCGCUGGCGCCAGCGGCGACGCCAGCAGCAACGCCAGUGCAGCUCCAGCCCUGCGGGCUGCUUCUGAAUAGCAUGGCCAUGCCAGUGGCAGCAGCUUCACCACCACAGGUUGAAUUGGCUCCUCAGCAGAGAAAGGUCUCGAAUCGUUUGGUUAACAAGCGUGUGACCAAACCGGCGCAGUUGCAGCAGGAGGCUGAGUCUCAACCGCAGCAGCCGUUCUCGCCGGAGGUGCCUGGAGACAGCCCGCCAGCUCCGCUGCUGCCGGACCGCAGCGCCUGCACGCAGCCGCCAGAGGG